CGCUGUGCCCCACAGGAGCAGAAGGACCAGCUGGUGGAUUACGGGGGGCACCUGGGGGGGCUGGCCCGCCGCGCCAAGGCCAUCGUCCAGCUGAAGCCCCGCAGCCCCGGCACCCCCCUCCAGGGCCGCCCGCCCAUCCAGGCCGUCUGCGACUACAAGCAAAUGGAGAUCACGGUGCACAAGAACGACGAGUGCGCCCUGCUCAGCAACGCCCAGCCCCACAAGUGGCGGGUGCUGAGCGCCGCGGGCGCCGAGGCCGUCGUCCCCUCCGUCUGCUUCCUCGUGCCCCCCCCCAACAAGGAGGCGCUGGACGCCGUGCAGAGGCUGGAGGCCGCCCACCAGCAGCUCCUCGCGCUCUGGCACCAGUUGCACCUGGACAUGAGGAGCCUCCUGUCCUGGCAGUACCUGAUGCGCGACAUCCAGCAGAUCCAGUCCUGGUCCCACCUGACGUUCCGCACGCUGCAGGUGGAGGAGUGCCGGCAGGUCCUGCGCAGCCUGGAGACCCACUACCAGGAGUUCCUGCGGGACAGCCAGGACUCGCAGAGCUUCCAGCCCGACGACCGCCUGCACGUGGAGCGCGAGUACAACGCCUGCACCCAGAAAUACGAGCUGCUGCUGCGCACCCAGGAGAAAGGAGAGCAGGACGAGUCCCUGUGCAAGACCUACAUCUCCCAGCUGAAGGACAUCCGCCUGCAGCUGGAGAGCUGCGAGACCCGCACCAUCCACAAGAUCCGCCUGCCCCUCGACAAGGACCCGCUCAGGGAGUGCGCCCAGCGCAUCGCCGAGCAGCAGCAAAUCCACCUGGAGCUGGAGGGCAUCAGGAAGAACCUGGACAAGGUGAGCGAGAAGACGGAGAAGGUGCUGGCGCAGCCAGAGCAGGCCAGCUCGGCCCCCGUCCUGCGCUCGGAGCUGGAGGUCACCCUGCAGAAGAUGGAGCAGGCGUACAGCCUCUCCAGCAUCUACCUGGAGAAGCUGAAGACCAUCAACCUGGUGAUCCGCAGCACUCAGGGCGCGGAGGAGCUGGUCAAGAAGUACGAGGACCAGCUGAAGGAUGUGCAGACCGUGCCGGCUGACCUCAAGGAGCUGGAGGCCAGCAAGGCCGAGCUGAAGCGGCUGCGGGCGCAGGCGGAGGGGCACCAGCCCUUCUUCAGCACGCUGGAGACCGACCUGAGCAAAGCCAAGGACGUCAACGAGCGGAUGGUCAGGGGCCACAGCGAGCGCGACGUGGACCUGGACCGGUACCGGGAGAGGGUCCAGCAGCUCCUGGAGCGCUGGCAAGCCGUGCUGAGCCAGGCCGACCUGCGCCAGCGCGAGCUGGACCAGCUGGGCCGCCAGCUGCGGUACUACCGCGAGAGCUGCGACGGGCUGCUCCGCUGGAUCCAGGACGCGAAGCAGCGGCAGGAGCGAAUCCAGGCGGUGCCCAUCACCGACAGCAAGGCCGUGCGGGAGCAGCUGCUGCAGGAGAAGGAACUCCUGGAGGAGUGCGACCGCAACAAGGAGAAGGUGGAGGAGUGCCAGCGCUACGCCAAGCAGUACAUCGAUGCCAUCAAGGAUUACGAGCUGCAGCUGGUGAGCUUCAAGGCGCAGGUGGAGCCGAUGGCCUCCCCAGCCAAGAAGCCCAAAGUGCAGUCUGCGUCCGACAGCAUCAUCCAGGAGUACGUGGACUUGCGGACGCGGUACAGCGAGCUGACCACGCUGACCAGCCAGUACAUCAAGUUCAUCACGGAGACGCUGCGGCGGCUGGAGGAGGAGGAGAAAGCCGCCGAGAAGCUGAAGGAGGAGGAGAGGAAGCGGCUGGCGGAGGUGGAGGCCCAGCUGGAGAAGCAGCGGCAGCUGGCCGAGGCCCACGCCAAAGCCAAGGCGCAGGCGGAGGCGGAGGCGCGGGAGCUGCAGCUCCGCAUGCAGGAGGAGGUCACCCGGCGGGAGGUGGUGGCCGUGGACGCCGAGCAGCAGAAGCAGAACAUCCAGCAGGAGCUGCUGCAGCUGCGGCAGAACUCCGACCACCAGAUCAAGUCCAAGGUCAAGCUGAUCGAGGAGGCCGAGCACAACCGCAGGAAGGUGGAGGAGGAGAUCCGCCUGAUCCGCCUCCAGCUGGAGAGCACCGAGAGGCAGCGGGAGGGCGCCGAGGCGGAGCUGCGGGAGCUGCGGGCGCGCGCCGAGGACGCCGAGCGGCAGAAGCGGCAGGCGCAGGAGGAGGCCGAGCGGCUGCGCCGGCAGGUGAAGGAGGAGAGCCAGAAGAAGCGGGAGGCGGAGGAGGAGCUGAAGCGCAAGGUGCAGGCGGAGCGGGAGGCGGCGCGGGAGAGGCAGAAGGCGGUGGCCGACCUGGAGGAGCUGCGGCUGCAGGCGGAGGAGGCCGAGCGGCGGAUGCGGCAGGCGGAGGCCGAGAAGGAGCGGCAGAUCCAGGUGGCCCAGGAGGUGGCCCAGCGCAGCGCCGAGGCCGAGCUGCAGAGCAAGCGGCUGUCCUUCGCCGAGAAGACGGCGCAGCUGGAGCUGUCGCUGCGGCAGGAGCACAUCGCCGUGGCCCAGCUGCAGGAGGAGGCGGAGCGGCUGAAGAAGCAGCAGCUGGAGGCCGAGCGGUCGCGGGAGGAGGCCGAGAAGGAGCUGGAGCGCUGGCGGCAGAAGGCCAACGAGGCGCUGCGGCUGCGGCUGCAGGCCGAGGAGGUGGCCCACAAGAAGGCGCUGGCGCAGGAGGAGGCGGAGAGGCAGAAGGAGGACGCGGAGCGGGAGGCCCGCAAGCGCGCCAAGGCGGAGGAGUCGGCGCUGCGGCAGAAGGAGCUGGCGGAGGAGGAGCUGGAGAGGCAGCGGGAGCUGGCGGAGGGCACGGCGCAGCAGAAGCUGGCGGCGGAGCAGGAGCUGAUCCGGCUGAAGGCGGAGAUGGAGAACGGGGAGCAGCAGCGCCUGCUCCUGGAGGAGGAGCUCUUCCGGCUGAAGAAGGAGGUGAGCGAGGCCAUCCAGAAGAGGAAGGAGGUGGAGGAGGAGCUGGCCAAGCUGCGGGCCGAGAUGGAGGUGCUGCUGGAGAGCAAGGCCAAGACGGAGGAGGAGUCGCGCUCCAGCAGCGAGAAGUCCAAGCAGCGGCUGGAGGCCGAGGCCAGCAAGCUGCGGGAGCUGGCCGAGGAGGCGGCCCGGCUGCGGGCGCUCUCCGAGGAGGCCAAGCGGCAGCGGCAGCUGGCGGAGGACGAGGCCGGCCGGCAGCGGGCCGAGGCCGAGCGCAUCCUGAAGGAGAAGCUGGCGGCCAUCAACGAGGCCUCGCGGCUGAAGGCGGAGGCGGAGAUCGCCCUGAAGGAGAAGGAGGCGGAGAACGAGCGGCUGCGGCGGCUGGCGGAGGACGAGGCGUACCAGCGCAAGCUGCUGGAGGAGCAGGCCGCCCAGCACAAGCAGGACAUCGAGGAGAAGAUCGCCCUGCUGAAGCGCUCCUCCGAGAGCGAGCUGGAGCGGCAGAAGGGGCUGGUGGAGGACACGCUGCGGCAGCGGCGGCAGGUGGAGGAGGAGAUCCGCGCCCUCAAGGCCAGCUUCGAGAGGGCCUCGGCGGGCAAGGCCGACCUGGAGCGGGAGCUGAGCCGCAUCCGCGGCGAGGCGGAGGAGGUGCAGCGCAGCCGGGAGCAAGCCGAGCGGGAGGCCGAGCGGCAGCGGGCGCUGGCGCUGGAGGAGGAGGGCCGGCGGCGGGAGGCGGAGGAGAAGGUGCAGGCCAUCCUGGCGGCCGAGGAGGAGGCCGGGCGGCAGCGGCGGCUGGCGCUGGAGGAGGUGGAGAGGCUGAAGGCCAUGGUGGAGGAGGCCAGGCGGCAGAAGGAGCUGGCGGAGCGCGAGUCGGAGCGGCAGAUCCAGCUGGCGCGGGAGGCGGCGCAGAAGCGGCUGGCGGCGGAGGAGAAGGCGCACCUGGCCGCCGUGCAGCAGAAGGAGCAGGAGCUGCUGCAGACGCGGCAGCAGGAGCAGAGCCUCCUGGACCGGCUGCGGGAGGAGGCCGAGCGCGCCCGGCGGGCGGCCGAGGAGGCCGAGUUCGCCCGCAGCAAGGCCGAGCAGGACGCCGGCCUCUCCCGGCAGCGGGUGGAGGAGGCCGAGCGGCUGAAGCAGCGGGCGGAGGAGGAGGCGCAGGCCAAGGCGCGGGCGCAGGCGGACGCGGAGCAGCUGCGGAAGGAGGCCGAGCUGGAGGCGGCGAAGCGGGCGCAGGCGGAGCAGGCGGCCCUGCGGCAGAAGCAGCUGGCCGACGCCGAGAUGGAGAAGCACAAGAAGUUCGCCGAGCAGACGCUGCGGCAGAAGGCGCAGGUGGAGAAGGAGCUGACCAAGGUGAAGCUGCGGCUGGAGGAGACGGACCACCAGAAGGGCAUUCUGGACGAGGAGCUGCAGCGGCUGAAGGAGGAGGUGACCGAUGCCGUCCGGCAGAAGGCCCAGGUGGAGGAGGAGCUCUUCAAGGUCCGGGUGCAGAUGGAGGAGCUGGCGAAGCUGAAGAGCCGGAUCGAGGAGGAGAACAAGGCGCUGAUCCUCAAGGACAAGGACAACACGCAGAAGUUCCUGGCGGAGGAGGCCGAGAAGAUGAAGCAGGUGGCGGAGGAGGUCGCCCGGCUCAGCGUGGAGGCCCAGGAGGCCGCCCGCAUGCGGCAGCUGGCCGAGGACGACCUGGCGCAGCAGCGGGCGCUGGCGGAGAAGAUGCUCAAGGAGAAGAUGCAGGCGGUGCAGGAGGCCACGCGGCUGAAGGCCGAGGCGGAGGUGCUGCAGAAGCAGAAGGACCUGGCGCAGGAGCACGCCAAGCGGCUGCAGGAGGACAAGGAGCAGAUGCAGCAGCGCCUGGCCGAGGAGACCGAGGGUUUCCAGAAGACCCUGGAGGCUGAGCGCCGGCGGCAGCUGGAGAUCACCGCCGAGGCCGAGCGCCUCAAGCUGCACGUGGCGGAGAUGAGCACGGCCCAGGCCAAGGCCGAGGAGGAAGCCAAGCGCUUCAAGAAGCAGGCGGAGGAGAUCAGCGAAAGGCUGCACGAGACCGAGCUGGCCACGCAGGAGAAGAUGACGCUGGUGCACGCUCUGGAGAUCCAGCGGCACCAGAGCGACCAGGACGCGGAGAAGCUGCGGAGGGCCAUCGCCGAGCUGGAGCGGGAGAAGGAGAAGCUGAAGCAGGAGGCGGCGUUGCUGCAGCAGAAGGCAGAGGAGAUGCAGGUGGCCCAGCAGGCGCAGCUCCGCCAGGAGACGCAGCUCCUCCAGCAGACCUUCCUGACGGAGAAGGACGCCCUGCUGCAGAAGGAGAAGUUCAUCGAGGAGGAGAAAACGAAGCUGGAGAAGCUCUUUAAAGACGAGGUGGACAAAGCCCAGAACCUGAAGGCGGAGCAGGAGCGGCAGCAGAAGGAGAUGGAGCAGGAGAAGCAGCAGUUGAAAGCCAUGCUGGACGAAGCCCAGAAGCACCAGAAGGAAGCGGAGGAAAACGUCCGGCACAAGCAGGAGGAGCUGCAGCAGCUGGAGAGGCAGCGGCAGCAGCAGGAGAGACUCCUGGAAGAGGAGAACAAGAAGCUCAGGGAGAGGCUCGAGCAGAUGCAGGAGGAGUACAAGGCCGCCCUGGCCCAGACACGAGAGAUCAUGAUCCAGACGGACGAGCUGCCCGAGGAGGCCGUGGUUACGACGGCGCAGCUGCCGGAUAUCAAAGCUGUGCCCAACGGCAGAGAAGUGGUGGACGGCUUAGCGCAGAACGGGGAGCCAGAGCUCGCGUUCGACGGCAUCCGCCGGAAGGUGCCUGCGGAGAAGCUGGCUGCUGCCGGCAUUCUGAGCCAGGAGAACCUAGACAAGCUGGCGCAGGGCGUCGUGAGCGUUGGCGAGCUCUCGCAGAGGGAGGACAUCAGGAAGUACCUGCAGGGCAAGAGCAGCAUCGCCGGUUUGUUAAUCAAACCCACCGAUCAGAAGAUGAGCAUCUACGAAGCCAUGAAGAAGAAGCUGCUCAGCCCGGGCACCGCGCUGGUCCUCCUGGAAGCGCAGGCUGCCUCCGGCUUCAUAAUUGACCCCGUGCGAAACGCGAGGCUCUCGGUGAACGAGGCGGUGAGAGAGGGCGUGAUUGGGCCAGAGCUGCACAACAAGCUGCUGUCGGCUGAACGGGCGGUGACCGGCUACAAGGACCCUUACACCGGCGACACCAUCUCCCUCUUCCAGGCCAUGAAGAAGGGGCUCAUCGUCAGGGAGCACGGCGUCCGCCUGCUCGAGGCCCAGAUCGCCACCGGCGGCAUCAUCGACCCCGUGCACAGCCACCGCCUGCCCGUGGAGGUGGCCUACCGGCGCGGCUACUUCGACGAGGAGAUGAACCAGGUCCUCUCCGACCCCACCGACGACACCAAGGGCUUCUUCGACCCCAACACGCACGAGAACCUCACCUACCUGCAGCUGAUGGAGCGGUGCGUGACUGACCCGGACACGGGGCUGUGCCUCCUCCCGCUCACUGACCAGGCAGACAAAGCGAGGGAGCUGGUCUACACUGACAAAGAAGCUAAGGAUGUCUUUAAGAAGGCCACGGUGACGGCACCGUUUGGCAAGUUCCAAGGGAAGACGGUGACCAUCUGGGAGAUCAUCAAUUCCGAAUACUUCACUGAGGACCAAAGGCGGGACUUGAUCCAGCAGUACAGGACUGGCAAGAUCACAGUGGAGAAGAUCAUUAAGAUCAUCAUCACGGUUGUGGAGGAAAGCGAGAAAAAGAGCCAGAUGUGCUUCGAGGGCCUCCGGGCUCCUGUGCCUGCCGCUGAGCUGCUGGAGAGCAAAAUCAUCAACAAGGACCUCUACAACCAGCUGCACCAGGGCAAGAGGUCUGUGAAGGACGUAGCCGAGAUGGAGUCCGUGCGGCCGUACCUGAAGGGCACGGGCGCCAUUGCCGGCGUCCUGGUAGAGUCGACUGGCCAGAAGCUCACCUUCUACGACGCCCUGAAGAGAAACCUCCUGAGGCCGGAGAUCGCCCUGUCCCUGCUGGAAGCGCAGGCUGCCACCGGCUACAUCGUCGACCCCGUGAGGAACAAGCUGUUCUCCGUCGACGAGGCGGUGAAGGCCGAGGUGGUGGGGCCGGAGUUCCACGAGAAGCUGCUGUCCGCAGAGAAGGCGGUGACCGGCUACAAGGACCCCUAUACGGGCCAGACGGUCUCCCUCUUCCAGGCGCUGAAGAAGGGGCUCAUCCCCAGCGAUACCGGGGUCCGUCUGCUGGACGUCCAGCUCGCCACUGGAGGCGUCAUCGACCCGGUGAACAGCCACCGGCUGCCCCUCGAGGUCGCCUACAAGCGGGGCUACUUGAACCCAGAGAUGAUGGAGGCUCUGUCCGAGCUCCGAGAUGACGCCAAGGCUUUCUAUUGCCCCAACACCCAAGAGCACCUCACCUACGCCCAGCUGCAGAAGAACUGCCACCGCGACAAGCAGAGCGGCUUCUGCCUGCUGCCCCUGUCAGACGAAGCCAUCCAGUCGCAGCAGGAGGAGGUCUACACGGACAGCCAGGCGAAGGAGUGCUUCGACAAGGCGACCGUCGAGGUCCCGGCGGGCAGCAUGAAGGGCCGGACAAUGACCGUCUGGGAGCUGAUCCACUCCGAGUACUUCACGGAGGAGCACAGGCGGGAGCUCCUCCGGCAGUACAAGACCGGCAAGGUGACCAUCGAGAAGAUCAUCAAGAUCGUGAUCACCAUCAUCGAGGAGGCGGAGACCAGAAAGCAGGAGAAGCUGACGUUCAGCGGUCUCCGGGCGCCCGUACCCGCCAGUGAGCUGGUGGAGUCCCGCGUCAUCAGCAAAGCCCAGUACGAGCAGCUGAAGGAAGGCAAGAAGUCGGUGAAGGACCUCUCUGAGACGGACGCGGUGAGGAGGUUCCUGCAGGGCAGCGACUGCAUCGCUGGCGUCUACGUGGAGGCGACCAAGGAGAAGCUGAACAUCUACGAGGCCAUGAAGAGGAACCUGCUGAGGCCCAGCACUGCCGUGGUCCUCCUGGAGGCCCAGGCAGCGACCGGGUUCUUGAUCGACGCUGUGAAGAACCGGAAGCUGUAUGUCAACGAGGCCGUGAAGGCCGGCGUCGUUGGGCCAGAGCUGCACGAGAAGCUGCUCUCCGCCGAGAAGGCUGUCACUGGGUACAAGGACCCCUACUCGGGCAACACCAUCUCCCUCUUCCAGGCCAUGAAGAAGGGGCUCAUCGUCAGGGAGCACGGCGUCCGCCUGCUCGAGGCCCAGAUCGCCACCGGCGGCAUCAUCGACCCCGUGCACAGCCACCGCCUGCCCGUGGAGGUGGCCUACCGGCGCGGCUACUUCGACGAGGAGAUGAACCGAACCCUCUCCGACCCCACCGACGACACCAAGGGCUUCUUCGACCCCAACACCCACGAGAACCUCACCUACACGCAGCUGAAGGAGAAGUGCAUCGAGGAUCCCGAGACGGGCCUCUACCUGCUGCCUCUGCGGGAGCCCGAGAAGCCUACGGUGGUGGAGACCACCCAGGUGUACACAGAGGCAGAGACGCGGAAGGUGUUUGAGGAGACGCAGGUGGAGAUCCCCGUGGGCAGCAGGGCGGGCUCCUCCAUGUCGCUGUGGGAGAUCAUGCACUCGGACCUGCUGCCCGAGGAGCAGCGGAGGCAGCUCAUGGCGGAGUUCCAGUCGGGCCGUGUGUCCAAGGAGCGCAUGAUCAUCAUCAUCGUUGAGAUCAUCGAGAGGACCGAGAUCAUCCGCCAGCAGAACCUCACAUCCUAUGACUACGUCCGGCGCCGCAUCACGGCCGAGGACCUUUACGAGGCCAAGAUCAUCUCUCUGGACAUAUUCAACCUGCUGAAGCAGGGCUCCAAAACCUUCCGGGAGCUUCUGGACGUGGAGACCGUCUGGAAGUACCUCUACGGGUCGGGCUGCGUGGCUGGCAUCUACAUCCCCUCGUCCAAGCAGAAGCUCAGCAUCUACCAGGCACUGAAGAAGGGGCUGAUCAGCUCCGAGGUGGCCCGCUCCCUCCUGGAGGCCCAGGCCGCCACCGGCUUCAUGAUCGACCCCGCAAAGAACGAGAUGCUGACCGUCGACGAAGCGGUCAGGAAAGGCGUGGUGGGGCCUGAGAUCCACGACCGGCUCCUGUCCGCAGAGCGGGCCGUGACCGGCUACCGAGACCCGUACAGCGAACAGAAGAUCUCCGUCUUCCAGGCCAUGAAGAAAGACCUCAUUCCCAGCGAAGAGGCCCUCAAGCUCCUGGACGCCCAGAUCGCUACCGGUGGCGUCAUCGACCCGCGCCUGGGCUUCCACCUGCCCCUGGAGGUGGCCUCCCAGCGGGGCUUCAUCAACAAGGACACGUACGACAUGCUGUCCGAGCCCAGCGAGGUGCGAAGCUACGUGGACCCGUCGACGGAGGAGAAGCUCAGCUACACCCAGCUCCUGAAGCGGUGCCGGAAGGACGAGGACAGCGGGCUCCUCCUGCUCCCGCUCUGCGACACGAGGAAGCUCACCUUCCGGGGGCUGCGCAAGCAGAUCACCGUGGAGGAGCUGGUCCGCUCGCAGGUGAUGGACGAAGCCACGGCCCAGCGCCUCCAGGAGGGCCUCACCUCCAUCGAGGAGGUCUCGAAGAACCUCAAGAAGUUCCUGGAGGGCACCAGCUGCAUCGCCGGCGUCUUCGUGGACUCCACGAAGGAGCGGCUGUCCGUGUACCAGGCCAUGAAGAAGGGCAUCAUCAGGCCGGGCACCGCGUUCGAGCUCCUGGAGGCGCAGGCAGCCACGGGGUACGUGAUUGACCCCAUCAAGGGCCUCAAGCUGACGGUGGAGGAAGCUGUGCGGAUGGGCAUCGUGGGCCCCGAGUUCAAGGACAAGCUGCUCUCGGCUGAGAGGGCGGUCACCGGCUACCGGGAUCCCUACUCCGGAAAGCUCAUCUCCCUCUUCCAGGCCAUGAAGAAGGGUUUGAUCCUGAAGGACCAUGGGAUCCGCCUGCUCGAGGCCCAGAUCGCAACGGGAGGCAUCAUCGAUCCCGAGGAGAGCCACCGCCUGCCCGUGGAGAUUGCCUACAAGAGGGGCCUCUUCGACGAGGAGAUGAACGAGAUCCUGCUGGAUCCCAGCGACGACACCAAGGGCUUCUUCGACCCCAACACGGAGGAGAACCUCACCUACCUGCAGCUGAUGGAGCGGUGCGUCACCGACCCAGAGACCGGCCUCUGCCUCCUGCCCCUGAAGGAGAAGAAGCGGGAGAGGAAGACCUCCUCCAAGUCCUCUGUCCGCAAGCGCAGGGUGGUGAUCGUCGACCCGGAGACGGGCAAGGAGAUGUCCGUGUACGAAGCCUAUCGCAAGGGCCUCAUCGACCACCAGACCUACCUGGAGCUGUCGGAGCAGGAGUGCGAGUGGGAGGAGAUCACCACCUCCUCCUCCGACGGCGUGGUGAAGUCAAUGAUCAUCGACAGGCGCUCGGGCCGCCAGUAUGACAUCGACGAUGCCAUCAGCAAGGGCCUGAUCGACCAGUCGGCGCUGGACCAGUACCGCUCGGGCACCCUCUCCAUCACCGAGUUCGCAGACAUGCUCUCCGGCAACAUGAGCGGCUUCCGCUCCCGGUCGUCCUCCGUGGGAUCCUCCUCCUCCUACACCGUCAGCCCGGCCCCGGCGCGAGCGCAGACGGCCGUGUGGAGCGACCCGACCGAGGAGACCGGGCCGGUGGCGGGCAUCCUGGACACCGACACUCUGGAGAAGGUGUCCGUCACGGAGGCCAUGCGCCGCAACCUCGUCGACAACAUCACGGGGCAGAGGCUGCUGGAAGCCCAGGCUUGCACCGGGGGCAUCAUCGACCCCAACACCGGGGACAAGUGCUCCGUCGCCGACGCCGUGAACAAGGGCCUGGUUGACAAAAUUAUGGUGGACCGCAUCAACCUGGCGCAGAAGGCCUUCUACGGCUUCGAGGACCCGCGGACCAAGACGAAGAUGUCGGCGGCCCAGGCCCUGAAGAAGGGCUGGCUGUACUACGAGGCCGGGCAGCGGUUCCUGGAGGUGCAGUACCUGACGGGGGGCCUGAUCGAGCCCGACGUCGAGGGCCGCGUCUCCUUGGACGAGGCGCUGCAGAAGGGCACCAUCGACACGCGCACGGCCCAGAAGCUGCGGGACGUGAGCACCUACUCCAAGUACCUCACCUGCCCCAAAACCAAGCUCAAGAUCUCCUACAAGGACGCGAUGGACCGGAGCAUGAUCGAGGACGGGACCGGUCUGCGGCUGCUGGAAGCGUCCUCCCAGUCCAGCAAGGGCUACUACAGCCCCUACAACGUCAGCAGCGCCGGCUCCACCUCCGGCUCGCGGUCGGGCUCCCGGACCGGCUCCCGAUCGGGCUCCAGGCGAGGCAGCUUCGACGCCACCGGUUCCGGCUUCUCCAUGACCUUCUCUUCCUCCUCCUACUCCUCCUCGAGCUUUGGGCGCCGAUACGCCGCGGGCGAGGCGGCCGCCCUCGCCUCGUCCCUCCCGAGCGGGAGCUGCGGCGGGGAGGCGCGCGGGGAGCGCCCUGGGCUGCGCGGGACCCCGCUCUGCGUGACGUCUUUUUCCAGUCCCACCAGAGAAGUCCCCUUGCCGCUGGGCGAGUUCCUGAGCUGGGUCUCCGACGUCAGCAAGUCGUGGAUGGGCUCGAGGGGAGCCCGGGAGGCGGCAGCUCCCCGGCCGUGCUCUCCGCCGCAGAAGCGCGGUGCUGCCGACGACGCCGGGAAGAGCGUGGAGGGGUCGUCGCCGGACGGGGAGGAGAUGGAGAGAGCGUGGCAGCGUGGCGAGCAUUGGGAGUGGAGGCUGGAGGCGCACGAGCAGCUGCUGGCCCUGCGGCACUGGCUGGACGCCGUGGAGAAGAGGUUGCCCAUCCUGGCGGAGCCCAUCCUGGCCCCGCAGGUAACGGGCUGGCCCCGGGCACGCCGCGGCCGGCGGAACCGCUCAGAGCCAGGCCGGGAUCUGAGGCGGGGGCCCGGCGCCCGUGCCCGUGCCAUGGGGAAUUCGGUGAGCCGGCCCAGCUGCCUGGGCGAGAAGAGCCGGCGGCCGGACGAGCUCCUCCGGGAGCCGCCGCCCCGGGAGCCGGGGCUGGACGCGGGGCAGCCGCCCGGCAGGAGCGUCGCCGAGGCCUGGCCGGGGCCGCCGGUGGAGAACGGCUGGAGCCCGGUGCCCGGCGCCGGCCGGAGCUGGGCGGGCAGCCCCGUGCUGAAGCGCAGCCAGUCCGAGGUGACGGUGCAGAACGGGAGCACGGCCUGUGUCCCGCUGAAGGGGCAGGCGGGGGGCGCUGCCUGGACACCCCCCCGGGCCGGUGCCCCCCGGAGCGCCUGGUCCUGGAAACCCGUCACCACCCGCGAGGUGACGGAGGUGACGGAGGUGACCGAGACCAUCGUGACGGAGAUCGUGGAGGUGACCGAGUACCCGGCCGGCGAGAAGGGCGGGGAGCCCCUGGUCACCCGGACGGUCACGACUGCCGGGCAGGGACCCCCGCUGCGGCAGACGCCGUGCCGGCCCCGGCGGGGAUGCUUUGCUGGCACCCUUGUCCCCGCCAGUCCCUCGUCCGGUGCUCGCGUGGGGUCUGCGCCCGCUGUGCGCGCCCCGCGGUGCCCUGGUGUGGGCAGAGCCACCGGUACCCCCCGCCCCAUUGCUGCGCACCCAGCCGGGCACCGGAGGAUGCGGCUGGUGGGGGCUGUGUGUCUGGAGGGGGCCCGUACGGCACGGGGUGCACCCGGGGUAUGCAGCCCCUGUUUUGGGGAGCCCCGCCGGCAGCGCCUGGUCUGUCGGCCCCGAGGAGCAGCGGUGCAGAGAGCCCGUCCCGACACAGCCCCGCCGAUGCGGCGAGCAGGGGAUGCGGAUUGCCUCCCGGGCUGGGCACGGUGGGGAGGAACGUACCCCAGCCCCACGGCUGCCCCACGGCUGCCCUCCGGGCGGCUCAGCCACGUUUCUCCCCAGGUAUCCCCGCGGGCUGUCCCCGUCCCAGAGGAGGUGGCUGGCGUGGAGCGAGCCCAGGACACGCUGGAGAGCUUGCUGGCCUGGGUGGCCGACAUGGAGGAGCUGGUGAGCAACCAGAAGCCGCCGUCGGCGGAGGUGAAGGUGGCGAAGGCCCAGCUGGAGGAGCAGAAGCUCCUGAAGCGGCUGCUGGAGGAGCGGAGGCCACGCGUGGAGCUCGUGCUGCAGGACAGACCGGUGCCGGCGGCACACGGCUCCGGCACCGUGGCGCCCGAGGGGAGCGGCAGCCUCUGCGGCCUCGGGGAGAAGUGGGGCAAGCUGAUGCAGGAGGCUGAAGCCAGGUACGGCCGCCUGGAGCGGAUCCUGCCGGCGGCACAGGGCUUCCAGGAGGCCGUGGACUCCUUCCAGGAGUGGCUCGGUGCCACGGAGCGGCAGCUGGCCCAGCUCUGGCGCGCCAACGGCUGCGUCCGCCGCGUGCAGGACGCCCACCAGCAAACCCAGGCGCUGUGCGAGGAGAUUCGCGGCCGGCUGGGAGAACUGGACGGAGCCCUGGAGAGCGGGCAGAGGGUCCUGGAGAUGGUGACAGGGGAGGAGGCCCAGCUGGCGCAGGAGAAGAUGGAGUCCCUGAGGAUGCGGUACCUCAUCGUGGGCCAGAGCAGCGCCGACACCGCGCACCGGCUGGGGCAGACCCUGGAGGCCUCGUCCCGCCUGGGCGCUGCCCAGGAGGACCUGGCGCUUUGGCUGGGCCGCGUGGAGAAGGAGCUGGGCUCCUGGGACAGCCAGCGCGGUGGCCGGGAGCCCCCGGUCGGCACGAGUGACAGGGAGAAGUUCGAGCAGAUCCUGGACUCCCAGCUCGCCCGCGUGGCGCGGCUGGGCGAGCGGCUGGAGGAGAUCGGGCGGGUGCAGCUGGACGCCCAGGCUCUCCGCUCGCAGCUCGCCGAUCAGAAGCUGCUCUCGGCCGAGAUCCUGCACCACCGGGGACUGGUGGAGCGUCUGCUGGGGAUCUCGGACCCGCUGCUCCUCUCCUGCCCCGAGCCCCUGCGGCAGCACCUCCAGCCCUCGGUGCAGGCGCUGCGGGAGCGCACGGAGCAGCUCUUCCUGCGCAGCGGAGCCUGCGCCGUGCAGCUGGAGCACGCCCAGUCCCUGCUCGCCCAGUUCUCCGAGGCCCACGAGGAGCUGUUGCCCUGGCUGGAGGAGACGCAGGUCGUCGGGGCGCAGCUUUUCCCCGACGCCAUCAGCUACGAGGCCCUCAAGGAGCAGCAGGCGCUGCUGCAGUGCCUGCGGGAGGCCAUCGCGGAGCACCGGCCGCUGGUGGGGAAGCUGCAGCGCGUCUCGGCGCAGCUGGCGGAGCUGAGCCCCGAGCAGGGAGCCCCGUUCCAGCAGCGCUGGCGGGAGGCGGAGGAGCGGUACGGCCGCGUCCGCGAGCGCGCGCGCCAGGCGGCUGCUCUGCUGGAGGACGCCCUGCCGCGUUACAGCCAGCUGACGGAGCGCAUGGACCUGCUGCUGGAGUGCCUGGAGCGGCUGCAGAGCCGCCUGCAGAGCCAGCCCCCGGCCCGCGGCGACGCGGCCCACCUCCGGGAGCAGAUCCGUGAGAACAGCCUGGCCCUGGGCGAGCUGGAGAAGCUGGGGGUGGCCCUGGAGACCGUCCGGACGCAGGGCGGCGAGCUGCUGGCCAGCAUGCAGGCGGCAAACUCCGACGCUGCUGCCAGAGGGAUCCAGGAGCGCACGGCUCAGCUGCUGUCCCAGUGGGGCUGCCUGCGGGGCCGCUGCCAGGAGCAGGAGCGGUGGCUGCGGGAGCUGCUGGCGCUGGCCGACCGCUUCUGGCACGGCCUCUCCGAGCUGGCCCUGACGCUGAGCGACACCCAGCAGCUCGUGCUGGGGCUGGAGGAGGCCGGCGGCGAGCCCGAGGCCAUCCGCGCGCGGCUCCGCACCAUGCAGGCGCUGCGGGAGGAGAUCGACUCGCUGCAGGGCGAGCUGGACGCGCUGGGCAGCCUGGGCGUGGAGCUGAUGUCCUCCUGCGGGGACCCCGACAAGCCCGACGUCACCAAGAGCCUGGACGAUCUCUACUCCUCCUGGCACAGCCUGAACAAGGUGUGGACGGAGCGGUACGCCCGCCUCGAGGAGCAGCUCCAGGCCGCCGUCAGCUACCAGGAGACCAUGCAGCGGCUGCUGGAGUGGCUGGAUGCGGCCGAGCUGCGCCUCGCCGAGGAGUUCCUGGUCGGCGGGGACCUGGACAUGGUGCAGCAGCAGCUGGCGGAGCUGAAGGAGUUCAAGAGGGAGCUCUACCAGUGCAAGGUGGAGGUGGAGAGCCUGCGGCACCAGGCCAGCCUCGGGGGCGCGGGGCUGGGGGACCCCCCAGCCCCCCUCAGCGACUUCCGCCAGCGCUGGGACCGGCUGGAGGAGGAGAUCGUCAGCCGCCAGCACCAGCUGGAGGCAGCUCUGCUGGGCCUGGGCCAGUUCCAGCACCAGCUGGAGGAGCUGCUGCAGUGGCUGGCGCGCACGGCCGAGCAGCUGCGGGGGCCCCCGCCGCUGCGCCCCGACCUGCAGAGCUGCGAGAUCGAGCUGGCCAAGCACAAGGUGCUGAGGAACGACGUGAUGUCCCACGCGCGCACGGUGCGGUCGGUCAGCGAGGCCGGGCAGGGUUUGCUGCUCUCCAGCCUGGGCGAGAGCAUGGAGGGGCUCCAGCGCAGCCUGCACCAGCUCAGCCAGCGCUGGGAACUGGUGCAGAGCGAGACCGAGAGCCGGCAGCUGGAGCUGGAGAACAACCUCAGCCAGGUGCAGGACAUCACGCUGGAGAUCACCGAGCUGCUGCAGUGGCUGGAGCAGGUGGAGCUGCAGCUCUUCUUCUCCAAGCCGGCGUGGGGCCACCCGGACACCACCAAAGAGAAGCUCACGGCUCACCUGGAGCUGUGCAAGGAGAUGGAGUCCAAGCAGGAGGCGUACAGCGGCGUGCGGGAGCGGCUGCAGCGGCUGCUGGCCUCCUGCCGCGCCAGGCGGCCCUGCAGCACCGAGCACAGCCUCCGCAUCCUGGAGCAGAAGUGGGAGAGCGUCCACGCCGAGGCCCAGGAGAGGAAGGAGCGCCUGGCCGAGGGGCUGACGGUCAGCACCGAGUUCCACGGCACCGUGCAGGAGCUGCUGCACUGGGUGGCUCAUGCAGAGGAGCUCCUCGGCUCCCCCCCGCCGCCCAGCUUCGUCCUGGGCACCGUCACCGCGCAGAUCCAGGAGCACAAGGCGCUGGUGAAGGAGGCGAAUGCCCACGGCGAGCAGCUCAGCGGCUUGGAGGCAGUUGCGUCCCGCCUGAAGGACUUCAGCAGGAAGCAGGACGGGGCCGUCAUCCAGAACCUGGUGCUGACGGCGCGGGAGCGGCUGGGCAAGGUGCUGCAGCGGGCGUCGGAGCGAGGGGCAGCGCUGGAGGAGGCCCGCAAGCGCACCAAGCAGUUCAGCGAGUCCCGGCGGCUGCUCCUGGACUGGAUGGACGAGGUGGAGCAGAGCCUGGAGGUGCCGCAGGACACUGCCACGAGCCAGGAGGAGAUCAAGUGCCAGCUGGCUGAGCACAAGGCUUUCCAGAAGGUGCUGCGCUCGAAGCGGCCGGUGUACGAGGCCACGCUGCGGAGCGGGCGGGCGCUGCGGGAGAGAGCGCGGCUCCCCGAGGACCUGCAGCCGCUGGAGGAGCUGCUGGGGGAGCUGAAGGAGCGCUGGGACGCGCUGUGCAGCCGGGCCGUGGAGAGGCAGCACAAGCUGGAGGAGAACCUGCUCUUCUCGGGCAAGUUCACGGACGCGCUGCAGGCCCUCAUGGACUGGCUGUACCGGGCUGAGCCGCAGCUCAGCGAGGACGUGCCUGUCGGAGGGGACCGGGACCUGGUCAGUGACCUCAUGGACAAGCACAAGGUCUUCCAGAAGGAGCUGGGCAAGCGAGCCAGCUGCAUCAAGAUGCUGAAGCGCUCGGUGCGGGACCUGACCCGCGGCAGCAGCAGCGUCGAUUCCCAGUGGCUGCAGAAGCAGAUGGAGGAGCUGAGCACCCGCUGGGACCUGGUCUGCAAGCUCUCUGUCUCCAAGCAGGCCCGGCUGGAGGCUGCGCUCCGGCAGGCAGAGGAGUUUCACUCCCUGGUGCAUUCCUUCCUGGGUCGCCUCUCCGAGUCGGAGAAAACCCUCAAGUACGGCGUCUUCCCCGAGGAGGAGCUGGCCGUGCAGGAGUGCCAGAACCAGCUGCAGGAGCUGAUGAAGUCCCUGCAGUGCCAGCAGCUGGAGCUGGAGUGCAUCACCUCGCUGGGGGAGGAGAUCCUCUCCACUUGCCACCCGGACUCCGUCAUCACCGUCAAGUCCUGGGUCACCGUUGCCAAGAGCCGCUUCCAGGAGGUGCUGAGCUGGGCCCAGCAGCAGGGCGAGCGGCUGCAGGCGCAGGCGGCCAGCCUCGCGGCCGAGCGGGAGGAGACGGCCCAGCUCAUCGACUGGAUCACGGCCGCCGAGGAGGCUCUGGGCUUGCGGGACCAGGAGCCGCUGCCGGAGGAGGCCGAGCAGCUGGAGGAGCUCAAUGCCCAGCACACAGUGUUCAUGGAGGAGCUGAACCGCAAGCAGCCCGACGUGGAGAAGGUCACCAAGAGCUGCAAGCGGAAGCUGGGCGCCGAGCUGGGCCCGCCGCCCGCCCGCCGGCUGGCCACACGGCACCGCGGCACGGGGAAGGCGCAGGGCACGCCGGCGGUGCCGCUCGGGGGGCUGGAGCCCCAGACCCCGCUCAUGGCCCAGCUCCUGCACCGCUGGCAGCAGCUCUGGCUUCUGGCCCUGGACCGGCAGUACCGGCUGGAGACGGCCCUGCAGCGCCUGCGAGAGCUGGAGGAGUUCGCUCACUUCGACUUCGGGGUCUGGAGGAAGCGUUACAUGCAGUGGAUCAGCCAGAUGAAGUCCCGGGUCCUGGACGUUUUCCGAGGCAUCGACAGGGACCAGGACGGGCGCAUCAGCCAGCGGGAGUUCAUCGAGAGCGUCCUCUCCUCCAAGUUCCCCACCAACGUCUUGGAGAUGAACGCCGUGGCCAGCAUCUUCGACAUGAACGGCGACGGCUUCAUCGACUACUACGAGUUCGUCAGCGCCCUGCACCCCAACCGCGACCCCCUGCGCCGCACCGCCGACGCCGACCAGAUCCAGGACGAGGUGAACAGGCAAGUGGCCCAGUGCAACUGUGCCAAGCGCUUCCAGGUGGAGCAGAUCAGCGCCAACAGGUACCGGUUUGGGGAGUCCCAGCAGCUGCGGAUGGUGCGGAUCCUGCGCAGCACCCUGAUGGUGCGGGUCGGCGGGGGCUGGAUCGCGCUGGACGAGUUCCUGGUGAAGAACGACCCCUGCAGAGUGAAGGGAAGGACCAACCUGAAGAUCAACGAGAAGUACCUGUCCCCAGACGCCUUCGGGGCCACCGCGGCCAAAUGUGCGGGGAACCAGUCAGCCCCCUCCUCCAAAGUGCUGUCCCCCAGCCGCUCCAACUCCAGCCUCAGCCUCUACAGCAGCGCCUCGGCCCCCAGCAGUCCCCUGGCCAGGAAGUCGGUGCUGCGGAGGACGCGCUCCGGUGACCGGUGCCCCCGCUCCCGCGGCUCCUUGCUGCCCGACGGAGCCGAGCUGCAGUUCACCGCGGCCGAGGAGAGCCUGGCCGUGGCACCCCCAGCACCCAUGGGUGGUGGGACCCCUGCCCUGCCGACGCAUGCUCACGUCACCCCGCUAACCGGACAGCAGUAGAGCUGAAUGUAACCCUGGCCGGGCACGGCCCCGCCAGCCACAAUAAAGAGUAGGUUUCUUUUUUUCUAUGAGCA